ACCAUGCAUACAUAUUUUUUCAACUCCUCAACACAAUCAAACGAAUUGCCUGUGAACUCCAUCUACUACGCAACUUCCGCUAAGCUCCGCUGCUGAGCAAAAUGGACGCCUUUGUGUCUGUUUUCUUCAUAUUCACAUAAUAAAUACAAUUAAAAAAAUAACGUUCAUCUUGGUAAACCAAUGUGUGAAUGUACAAUUAAUUCUAUUUAUGAUGUAAGUGUUACUUGGAGUGUGUAAUGUUCUAAUGUAUUUAUAUGCUUUGAUAAAUUGUGAUUAAAUACGCGUCUGAGACAUGAAAAAAAAGAACCAAGUAGGCCACAGCCACGGAUGACAAUUGGUGACUGGGGGGAUAUCUCGGGGAAACACUUUUGUGGAAUAAAAUUAGGGUUUUUUGACAGUUGGUUGAAUGCGUAUGGGUUUACUGUAAUGUUUUGCUGAUUCGAAAUAUGUUUGUUAAAGUCUAUAUAAUUAACAAAUAAGUACGGCCUCCCGCCAAAAAUUGCAAGUUGGGAUUUUGUUGGAUACGAGACUAUUGACAUUAAUUUGUGAUCAACUAAAUUACGAGAUAACAAGUAUUUGAGGGGAAAACUACAUUAUGGAUCGUUUACUACUCGAUCCAAGGGCAUCGUCAAAAUUUGGCUGAGAAUGAUACGAGCUACACCAUGGGAACUUGAGAAAGAGACUCGUUAAGUUCCAUUGAUAAUUGACAUAACAAAUAAACAAACCAACUCCUGAGUGAUAGUGCCGAUAAACAUUGAAGUGUGGGAAAAAACGAAUAAAUUGAAAGUCAAUGUGUUUAGAAUAUAUUUGUCAAACGAAUGGAAAGUCAACGGGUUGUGAAAAUGUUUAUCUAUCGUUGGUUAAUAUGUGAAUGCAGGAUUUCAUAUGGAACUGCACUGAUAAAGGACCACUGCGUGCUGUGAAAACUCCACUAUCAAGACAGAGGUGGAAUGCCAGAGCUAAUAAAACCCAAAAUGAAUGGGGUUAUACCGAGUGUUCCAAUCACUACCCUCGCUGGUAUAGCGAGUCUGACGGACUUGUUGCCGGAAAUGCCCCUACCAACACCCCUGCCCCAAACAUUAACAAACAAGUCGCUGCUAUUUCAUCCACGUGUCGCCGAAGAGGCCCACCUAUUGCUGAGUAAUCGCGACGAAACGCUGGUGCCUCAGUUGAUAUCAUCAUUAUCCCAAACCUCAUCAGACAACAUCGAAUUGAAGGAUCAUCAUCCAAAGAAUGAUCAGACAACGCAUGAGACUGAACAGAAUGCCCCAGAGCUGUUGAAAGCAAUAUUGCAGAUAAAUCCCCAUGUAUUUAAAGGUCCGCAAUACAAUUCUCCACGUAAUUGGCCUCAGGGUGGAUCCCUGAUGCAUUCAAACCAAUCACCAGGAAAUUAUGGAAGAUUUUCACCAUCAUAUUCAAAUUCAUCGGGUUCACGACAAACACCACAGGGUAGUCCAGCUCAUCCAGCAGCAGCCCGUACAACUUUACCACCACCGGGAACAUCUCACGCUCAACAUCCACGAAUGCCACUGACACCGCAGAAUCACGCUGAUGUAUCACAAAUGUCACCGUUUGCUGUGCCUUCGCCAUCACCACGUGCCACUGUCAUUACCGAACAGUCGAGAACAACUCCCCAACAUAUGCAAGAGGAAGCUAAUUGCAUUAAUCAGUUGAAUAUGAAUCAACAUCAUCAGAAUAUUUAUUCGCCGGCACACAUGGGUUCACAAAGUCCUAUGAUGCAAGUGGGGAAUAUGCAACAAGCCCAACAACAUAUUCAGCCCCAUCAGGCUCAUCACCAUCAUCAGCAGCAGCCGCUCCAUCAACAACAGCAGCAGCAACAACAACAACAACAACAGCAGCCGCUCCAUCAACAACAUCAACAACAACCGCAGCAGCAACACCAUCAACAACAGCAGCAGCAUCACCAUCACCCUCAACAACAGCAGCAACAACCGCAACAACAUCCCCAACAACAACAGCAACAACACCACCACCAACACCACCAUCAUCAGCAACAGCAUCAUCAUCAUAACAUGGCCAAUAUCACUCCCCAACAUACGCUGCACAUGACCUCUCCAAUGCACACCGCCUCACCGAUCCACAUAGCAUCUCCAAUGCAUACGACAUCACCAAUGCAUACUGUAUCUCCAAUGCACACAGUAUCUCCAAUGCAUACAGCAUCACCGCUGCAUACAGUAUCUCCAAUGCAUACGGCAUCUCCAAUGCAAACAGCAUCUCCGAUGCCAAUAGGAUCUUCGAUGCCAACAGCAUCUCCAAUGCAUACGGCGAUGGGUCAAAUGAAUGUUAGCUUGGAUUUGCAGCAAACAAUGUUUGAUCCAAUGAUGAAUCAACAGCUUCAUCAUCCUUUAGAGACAAAUCAGACCUUGGAUCUAGGCCCCAGUGUCCCGGACAAUUCACAAUUUCUGCUGGAUCAUGUCUCUGGUCUCCCUGAUAUCGAUCUGCCUAUUGAUGCCAUCGAUCCUAAACCACUACAUCAUCAAUCAAUCGAUAGUAAUCCUCCAUCCUACCCCAACCUAACCCCCGAGAGUGUUGCAAAUACACUCAACUCUGCUCUUGAUAUGCAAAUACAGCCUGAUCAGCAGAUGCCUCUGCCUGUAAUCCCUGAACAUCAUCAGAUACCUGACAAUGCAGUGAAAGACACCAGACUAGCUGGACAAUAUUCUGAUAUGAAAUUCAAGGAGCCAGUUGUUAUGCUAAGCAGGUUAGCACUUUCUGAUCAAACCUUGAUGUCGCAAAAUAUGACCUCAUUCACUGAUAAAUCACUUGAUCGUGCCUGUAAAAAUCAAACCGUGAAUCAAACCUUCGAGUCAGAUUCUGAAAGCGAGGAAGACGAUGAUAAAUCAUUGAAUCAACGUGGAAAGAAGAGAAAAGACGAAAGAGCACGAAAAAGACGAAAAAUUAUGGAUGACGACGAGGAGGAUGAGCACGACAUUAAGGAAGGCUCAUUAUCUCCAAAAAAACCAAAAAUACGAAAGUUCGAAAAGAAACUCGUCCCGGUGCUCGCUAAACUGAGUGUUGAUGAAUUAAUGGAGACAAACACCUAUCAGCGAUUUAAUUCAACAAUUGAUAUUAUCUUUGAAAAUGCUGAGGAUUCGACGUUGAUAGACAUGGAUGAUGAUGGGGAUGUGCCCCAGGAAAUGCUUAUCUCCAAGUAUCAUCUUCAAGAACUGUCAAGAGAGGCAGCAAAAUUAAAAUCCCUUAGGGCAAUGGAGUCGAUACCGUCAGACAGACUUGUCAGAUUACUCAACAUUCUGGAGAAGAAUAUACGGGAUGGUGCUAGAGUAUCGCCGCUCGCUGAUCCGGACGAUGAUGUUGAGGAAAGCCGACUAUGGAUGCAAUUGGCUAUGGAGAGGGUUCAACGCGCUGUUGAUGCUUCUCUAAUAGCCCUCAAUAUCAUGACUUCCCAAAAUAUGCAGAAAACAAUUUAUCUGGAGGAUGUGAUCGAUAGAAUAGUUUUGUUUAUGAAGUUUCAACUCCAAAACACAAUUUAUCCAUCUUUCGAUCCAGUUUAUAGGAUAGAUAACAAGAAAAAUAAGACUGAUAAUUUCAAUUCUGCAGGACGAAAGAAACGGGGUAACGCAAAAGAAGUUCGUGAGAAAAGCAUUCUCGAAGUCUACAAUAAAAUGCACGAGUUGGUCUCCCUUCUUGCUGAAUUAUUGAACAUUCAGAUAUUGACAGAUACGACGGUUCUUCACGCAUCAACACUAGGUGUUGCACCAUUUUUCGUAGAAUCCAUCAGUGAUUUACAGUUAAGUGCCCUAAAACUUGUCACUGUAAUCUUCACCAAGUACGAGAUGCACAGAAGAUUAUUGCUGGAUGAUAUUUUAGCUUCAAUAGCAAGAUUACCAAGCAGCAAAAGGGGUUUACGAACGUACAGGCUAAACUCUGAAGAGCACAUACAAAUGUUAACAGCCCUUGUACUGCAAUUAAUUCAAUGUGUUGUAACAAUACCCGACAGUGUGUUGAAAGCGGAGCGAUCGAACAGACCUGAGGACGAUAAAAAAGAUGACAAGAAACACGUGCCAGUUGAUUUCGAUGUGUUGAUAAUAACUCGAUAUGAAACUGCAACCCGAAUCGCUGUGAAUUUCCUAUCAGUUUUCCUCCAGAAGUGCAGUAGUAAAGGUACUGAUAUCGACUAUCGACCACUGUUCGAAAAUUUCAUACAAGAUCUGCUAGCAACGGUAAAUAAACCUGAAUGGCCAGCCGCUGAACUUCUUCUGAGUCUCCUGGGGAAUCUCCUUGUCGGACAUUUUUCUAAUAAAGGAUCAGACAUGUCCCUGAGAGUGGCAUCCAUUGAAUAUCUUGGAGUUGUUGCAGCAAGAUUACGAAAAGAUGCUGUAAAUUCCCAGUGUAAAUUGUCCACAAUCGACCAGAUAAUUCAUGACAUCAAGGCUGAGCAACAAAAAGAUUUGGAUUACGAGCAAGUGUCGAAUAUUGCUGGUUUGUCUGAGGAUGAAGAACGUACGAUGUUUCUGCAACGAGUACUUCUGGAUUAUCUUGCAGUCAAUGGAAUAAAAGACUCACCUCUGUCGUACGCAAGGUACUUUUAUCUCGCACAGUGGUAUCGUGACUACACUCAAGAGAAAUCUCGAGUUGGUCAGGCAAAGAAUACUCCAGUGAAAAAAUCACCGAGUAAGAAGAAAUCCAAGAGAAAAAGUAAAUACAUAGACAGUGAUGAAGAUGACGUCUCAGAGCCUGAGGAAGUUGAUCCAGAUGAAAACGACAAUAAUGAGCAAAAAUAUUCGGAAGUUUAUCGGACGAUAGAGGGAAAAAAGAAAUUUGUUGUCAGCUCGAUCCGUCCCUGCAGUUCUAGUACUACAAAGCCAGACAUUCUACAAACUUAUAUUGACUAUAAUUCAGCUGAAUUAAUAUCUCAGUAUUUGGCAUCGAAAAGACCUUUCUCACAGAGUUUUGAUAGAUAUUUGAUGCAGAUACUUCAAGUAUUAACUGAAUCAUCUAUUGCAAUCAGAACGAGAGCAAUGAAGUGUCUGACUAUGAUUGUCGAGGCUGAUCCAUCGGUUUUGGCACGACUCGACAUGCAGAGGGGAGUGAAUUAUUCACUUUUAGAUCACUCCACAUCGGUUCGUGAAGCUGCUGUUGAUCUUGUCGGUAAAUUUGUUCUUAGUAGACCAGAAUUAAUCGACAAGUAUUACGACAUGUUAUUAGCAAGAAUCUUGGAUACUGGUGUCAGUGUACGUAAAAGAGUGAUUAAAAUACUAAAGGACAUCUGCAUUGAAUGUCCUGACUUCUCCAAGAUUCCUGAAAUCUGCGGCAAGAUGAUUAGACGAGUUAAUGAUGAAGAGGGCAUACGGAAAUUGGUUAUGGAGGUAUUUCAAAAUAUGUGGUUUACACCGGUAAGAGAAAAACCAACGCUUGAUACACCAGCUUUGCUACGUAAAGUUAUGAACAUUACUGAUGUUGUUGCAACAAAUAAGGACAUUGGCCUGGAAUGGUUUGAGCAGCUGCUGGUUAGUCUGUUUAAACCCAAGGAAGAUAAAGAAGACAGUACGAAAUUGCUCAUGGAACCUCCCAAGGCAUUAUUAACAGCUUGUAAACAAAUCGUUGAUUGUUUAAUUCAGAAUAUUCUGAGUCUCGAGGAGAACAAUCGAGAGCAGAAUAAGGAGGAGAAGAAGGGCUCGUCACAACGACUUGUUGCAUGUAUGACAACACUCUACCUCUUCGCGAAAAUUCGUCCACAGCUUCUCGUUGCUCAUUCAUCAACUCUUCAACCUUAUUUGAGCUUGAAAUGCAAUACACAGGGAGAUUAUCAAAUAAUUAGCAGUGUAGCCCACACACUUGAGCUCGUUGUACCAUUGAUGGAGCAUCCAAGUGAAACGUUCUUGGCACAAUUGGAGGAAGACUCUGUCAAACUAAUUCUUCAACAUGAUAAAUCAGUCGUUGCAAGUUGUUUAUCAUGUCUGGGUUCAAUCGUCAAUAAUGUCACGAGAAAUUUCAAGCUUAUUCGUGAUUGUUUUCUACAGUACUACGGACACUUGGAGCAGGCCAAAAAUUAUUAUCAGAAGGAUCCUUCACAUCCUUGGCUUAUUAAGAGUCGUCCGUACUUUCGACGCGCCUUGUUCACGGUUGGAUUACUUCUCCGACACUUUGACUUCACCGACCCAGAGGUUAUUGACGGCCUGCCUGACAAUAUCAAAGAUCAAGUUUUCGAAACGUUGAAUUACUUUGUUCAUCUGGACAACAAUGAUAUCAGGCAUUUCACGUUAUCGGCGAUUGGGUCUUUGUGUAUCAGGCAUUAUGAAUUCAUGAUGACACCAGAGUUGAAAGAGCUCUAUCAUCAUCUGCUAACCUCCGAUAAUGCACUUGUGGCAAUGAAAACUCAGGUGCUCAAUAAUAUCGAGAUUUAUCUUCAGGAGGAGGAGAAGAGGAUGAUAAAGCAAGAUCAGGAGUGGGCGAAAUUAUCCAAACAAGAGAAUCUCAAGGAAAUGGGAGAUGUUUCAUCUGGAAUGGCUAGCACUGUGAUACAAUUGUAUCUCAAGGAAAUUCUCGAGUCAUUCCUCCAUUUGAAUGUGAGUGUUCGCCACUCAGCACUAAAGGUAAUCCAGUUAAUUCUCGCCCAGGGGCUCGUUCAUCCUGUUCAGAUAGUUCCUUACCUCAUCUGUAUGAGUACAGAUUGUGAGAAAAGUGUGAGCCACAGUGCGGACAAGCAGCUCCAGGAAAUUGAAAAGAAAUAUCCUGGAUUUAUUCACAUGAAAUCGCAGUUAGGAAUAAAACUCAGUUAUCGAUUGCAGAAGAUUCUUCAGAAUGAUGUGGUAGUGAGAGGAAUGAGACAGAAAGAAGGUGAGCUUCCGGGUGCGCUCAAUGGUUUUCUUUACACCAUUUUGAGGAGUACAAAACAACAGAGGCGAGCCAUUGUCUUAUCCUUCUUGAAACAAUUCGAUGAAACAGCUAAAUCAAGUUUAUCCCAGAUGCUUUAUCUGGCCGAUAAUCUGGCCUACUUCACAUAUCAGGUACAAGACGAACCUCUCUUCAUUAUUCAUCACAUCGAUGUCAUUAUUUCAAUGUCUGGGAUGAACUUACUUCAGUCAUUCAAAGAAGCAUUAUUACCUAAAGAGCCAAGUUCUGAAAAUCAAAUACCUCAAAUACAACCGAUGAUUUAUGGACCUGAUGGCCAGCCAAUACCAGCUCAGAUACUUCCAACAAUUGAGGAUGAAGAGGAGGAUGAGGAGGAUGAUGAAGCUAUCCUAGCACGAUUGCCCGAAGAUACAACGUUAUUGAGGGAGUAUAUAACAGCUAGUCAGGGAUUUCUCCUACUUCUCACUCUCAGACAACAUCUCAAGGAGGUUUAUGGAUUUUCCGACGCCAAAAUAAGCCAGUAUUCACCGUCUGAAUCUGCCAAAGUCUACGAGAAGGCUGUUACGAGGAAAAGCAAUAUGAUGUUCAAACCAAAAGCCACGUUAGCUAAAUUGAAGGAGGGAGUCAGCAGUGCGGAGCUUGAUGGCAGUGGUAGAAAGAAAUUAGUAGCUGAGUAUUUGGACUUUAGACAGUUGAUACUCAAGUUUGAUCCUGAAGAGCCUGAUGAGGAGCAGGGAGACGAUGGGGCAACGAAAAAUGUUGAUCCAAUGGCAGCCAGGGUCAAUCAUUCAGAAAUCAAUGCUGUGAGAACUAGCGGUGGAGUUGUUGGAGAUGGUGUAGAACAUCCUAAUUCAGAAUUGCCAAAUAAUUCUGUCAAUUUGAUUCCUGCACCAACGACACCACGUGUACCAAAAUUAACGAUACAUGCUCAUCCUGAGACUAACAAGGAGCAUCGGAAGAGCAGAACGCACAAAACUGAAAAAGUGAAAAAACAUAAGAAGAAGAAACGGAGACGGAACUCUGAUAGUAGUGAUAGCGGUGAUGAUUGUGAGGAUCCAGACUAUACGAUGUAAGUGAGAAGAGUGAGUGUAUUUGAAUUUGUUUUUUUUUUGUGACACAGGUUCAAACAAAAACUUGAGAAUGAAAAAUAACUAUUUGAAUGAAAUAGAAUAAAAACAACUUUUUCACCCUUUAUCGAUUUCUAGUGCUUUCGAAUAAAACACUUGGACAACUACUUCUUGUGUACAGAUUAGUGAUAAUUGUGGGGAGUGGAGGUGGAGUAAUUGAAAAGACACAGACUAUAUUACAUAAAUCUGAAAUAGGAGUGAGAUACUUUGUAAUAUUCGAAUGAAUCCAUGAAAAAGUAUGCUAUGAAUGAAUUCCUUUUAACUGGUAAUGAAAGUUGGUUUAGCCAUGACGUUUUUCUUUACUUACAGCUGUAUAUUAUUUAUAGAACAUUCAUCAUCUUUCAGCAGAAGUUACCGAGAGAUCGAAUUUAAAUUCCCUUUGAUUUUUUCUUUGUCGUAGUUUUUAAACAUAUUUCAAUUGUCCACAACCACAAAAUCGUCAGUUUGCGUCAUUUUGAGUAUCGCCUUUGCAGUGUCAAAAUGGUACAAAGUUUGUUGUCUUUGCAUAUUUAGCUUCAAAUUUAUGGAAUAUUUCAUACUUCAUUCUGAACUUUUUUUCUGCCAUCCUUGAAUAUUUCUAUACAUUUCAUCCGACAUUUUAUGUAUUGAAAAAAAAUUAAUGUCCUUUUUUAAAUUCGAGAGGCUGAUAACACUCGAAAUAUUAAUGACAGCGAGCCAAGUAAAUUUGAAGUCUAUGAGAAAAUAUUUAAUUAUAAAAAGUAAUUAGUAAGCAUCCGUGUUGAUUCUGUGGAGGACCAGUGAAUAAAUUAUUAACUCGAUUCGAAAAACAAAUGUAAGUUAAUAAUCAUCAAUUCAAAAUUCAAAUAAUUCCUAUUGUAUUAUGAUAAUUUUUUUUAUUAGAUUUGCUUUAAAAAACCGAAGUAUGUUUGAGUAAUAAGAGAUUACAUUUUUAAAAAGUAAAUCGCGAGGUGAAGGAACAAUGAAAAGACCAUUGAAAUUACUCCCAACAAUACAAAAUGAAAAUAGGACAUGGUGAAAACAAUGUCGGAAUUUAUAUACAAUAAUGUUGUUUGUAAUAUGUGUACAUAAUAGAAGAGGUAAAGAAAAAAAAUUAAUGCGAAUGGGAAUAUUAUUUUCUUACAAACUAUAUAGCGAUGACAAAAGUACGAAAUGAAAUACUUAAUUUAUUUUCAUUUGCGAGAUUGAGUAUUUAUGAAGAUGUUCGGAUUAUCUCAGCACAGUUUGAUAUUGCUAAAUACAGUUAUUCAAGGGGAGCUAAUUUUUUUUUAAUAAAAAAUGUCUUUUAUACAAAAAUAUAAAUAAUAAUUGGUCUUGAUGGAAUACGAAUACGUAAAUAUAUGAUUUUAAAUAGGUUGGUAUGAAAACACUUCGUUUGUGGUUAUUUUGAUGUCUUGAAAUUUAGUUUUUUGAAUAUCUAUUGUUUCGAGUAUCUCCACUCAACGUCAGUGAUACAUUUAAUAUGCUACUAUUUCAUUGUCUUAAUUUUUUUUGACUCUUCUCUUUACUAAUUUUGUCAUCUCACACUGAUCUCGAAUUUAUUAGGGAUAAUUCAGAAUGGACCGGACUAUUGAAUACUAAUUAAAAUAAAUUAGUUACAAAGUGGUGAAAUGCAUCAAGUCAAUGGAAGUUCAAGUUCAGUUUUAAAUGAAUAUAUCCCCUGGUUUAAUGGGAAAUAGUGAAAUUUGGGAAGUGACUUUGUGAAGAACAAUGCCGGAACUUCAUGAUAAUUUCACAAUCUCUCCUUCAAUUUUGGAAUAUUCAUCUCCAUCUCACCUCAUUAUUACAUUAUUAAUUUGUGUUAUUUUCGCAUUUUUCGCUACUGUAAUUCUUUCAUCAUCUUCAUUAGUUGGCUUUCUUGUGUAUAGCAAAUGUCCAUGCUACAGUUGAAUAAGCCUAUAAAUAUGUAAUUAUCGGUUACUGGUGGGAAAAUUGUUCAAUGAAAUUUUGUGAAACAUUACUGUGAAGAAAAAUUUGACAAAAUGAAAUGAAAAAUACGUCGUGAUGAAUAUUAACUUCCACGUUACUACAAUUAUCUUCCUUCAUUUUAUGUACGCACACAAUACAAUUUCUAUAUUUUAUCCGUAAUUUGUUUUCCCCUCAGUUAUAUUUUUACAAUUUAUUAUUAAUUUAACCAGAGUUAUAUUUCCAAUAAAAUUUGAUCGUUUUCGGAGAAACUGAUUAACGAGAGAAAAAAAUGUUUGCAAUCAAGUGAUUACAUUGAAUGAAAGCAUGAUCAUGGGGAAGAAACUGAAGAGGCGAAAGGGGGAGGAAUUGUUCUGUAUAAACAUUCACAUGUAUAUAAAACAUAACAUACUGAGAAUUAGAUACAAAAGGUAAUAUACAUAAAUAAAAAUGAGGACGAAUAUUCACAGGUGUUAUUAAGGGAAAGCGCAUUUCUUCAUAAUUAUUAAGGGAGAUUAAUAACAAAUCCAAAUUUUUCAUUAAAAGAAACUCACAGUUAUCGUUGCAAUUGACUCUUAAGUAGAUAAAACGAAUAAUUACCCGGAUGAAAGGAGAUGGAAACAGGAUGAAAUGAACGAAAAUUUAGGAAAUAAAUGUGCGGAAAAAAAUCAGAUUAAAUAUAUUUCUACGUAUAAUGUAAAAUUAAGGAGGUCUAUUCAUACGAAUAUUUACACCUAGGCCGCAAUACGCAUCGUGCUGUGUAAAGUUGGCAGAACAAAAGUUAAAAAGGAACAAAAAAAAAAACAAAAAUUGAAUACUCUACACGGCAUGAUGCCCCUUAAUGCGCGCUUUGUAUCAUAACAUUAUAUUGUAUCAGCUAUGUUUUUUGUAUUUGGUAAUCUAACGAAAGAAUAUCAAUUAAUAAAGAGAUGGUUAAAUAGAAAGUAUAUUAUAUAUUUGAGUAAAUCCGUCAAGUGUUAGUAUUAUCCAUAACACGAUUAAAAGUUUGUGUGUAGCGAUUACACUAAUGACAAAUAGAAUAAUGAGAAAAAAAAACAGAUGUUUGUAAAAAUAGGUGGUAAAAAUACACUUUACAAGGGCUGUUCUGGGUAAGACUUAACGCUCGUUUACUCAUAACUUAUUAUGUACAUCGUCUGAGGGAAGGAGAAAAGGUACAUUCUUAAAGAAAAUAAACAUAACCAUAUAUCAAA